CAGAUCUUAACACAAAAGAGGCGCAAAAAAAAAAAAAAAAGUACACACACAACAAGACUUGUUGAGGUGGGCAGGAGUGGGAUGGGUUUAGUUCUCUCUUUUGUGUAGUUGUAUUAGGUCAGGCAGCGUGAGAAGCACAGGAAGUAUAUUCAGUUUUACUGUGAGGCCAUCCAGCUACAAGUCCCAGCAGCCGCCAGGCAUCAUCAUGUCGUCCGAUUCCACAGCAACUAUCGAGCCCAGUAUAACCAAUGGGGGAAGCUUCUGCUCGAAUUCUCAUCGUUAUUAUGUGGGUAAUAAGGUGACCGUAGUCCUCGGAGCUCAGUGGGGAGAUGAAGGGAAAGGCAAAGUGGUGGAUUUGCUGGCUCAGGAUGCGGAUAUUGUAUGCCGCUGUCAGGGAGGGAAUAAUGCGGGUCACACCGUAGUCGUGGAUUCUGUGGAGUAUGAUUUUCACCUUUUGCCAAGUGGAAUAAUAAAUCCACGAGUAAUUGCUUUUAUAGGAAAUGGUGUAGUAAUACAUCUCCCUGGCUUAUUUGAAGAAGCUGAGAAAAAUCUAAAAAAAGGAAAGGGUUUAACAGACUGGGAGAAAAGAUUAACAAUUUCUGACAGAGCUCAUAUAGUCUUUGACUUUCACCAGGCUGCUGAUGGCAUCCAGGAAAAACAGAGAGAAGAACAAGCAGGAAAAAAUUUGGGAACUACGAAGAAGGGAAUUGGACCUGUAUACUCUUCCAAAGCAGCUCGAAGUGGCGUUCGGAUGUGUGAUCUUGUAUCUGAUUUCACAGAGUUCUCUCAGAGGUUUAAAGUUUUGGCUAACCAGUACAAAUCCAUGUACCCAACCCUAGAGAUUGAUGUUGAUGGCGAAUUAAAGAGACUCAAGGAAUAUGCCGAAAGAGUUAAACCAAUGGUGAAGGAUGGCGUUUAUUUUAUAUAUGAAGCUUUACAUGGCCCACCAAAAAAAAUUUUAGUCGAAGGAGCCAAUGCAGCACUCCUGGAUAUUGAUUUUGGGACAUACCCAUUCGUAACUUCAUCAAAUUGUACAGUUGGAGGAGUCUGUACAGGGUUGGGAAUUCCACCUCAGAGUGUUGGGGAAGUGUAUGGAGUUGUGAAAGCAUACACUACAAGAGUUGGAAUUGGUGCUUUCCCUACAGAGCAAAAUAAUGAAAUUGGUGAAAUGCUGCAAACACGCGGCUAUGAAUUUGGAGUUACAACUGGAAGAAAGAGAAGGUGUGGAUGGCUGGAUUUAGUAUUACUCCGAUAUGCCCACAUGAUAAAUGGAUUCACUGCGCUGGCCCUUACAAAACUUGAUAUUUUGGACUUGUUUAGUGAAAUCAAAGUUGGUGUUUCCUACAGAAUAGAUGGCAAGACUAUACCUCAUUUUCCAGCGAACCAAGAAGUUUUAAAUAGGGUUGAAGUUGAGUAUGAGACAUUACCUGGAUGGAAUACAGACACCUCUAAUGUCAGAACAUUUGAUGAGCUUCCUGAAAAUGCUAAGAAAUAUGUUCGGUACAUAGAAGAAGCACUUUGUAUUCCUAUUAAAUGGAUUGGUGUCGGAAAAUCCAGAGAGUCAAUGAUUCAACUUUUCUGAGCAACUGCAUGAUGCACACUUCUAUUUAAUCCCCUGUUCAAGAAAGACCUUCGUCAUCUACUGUAGUUUUUUUCUUCUUCUUCUUCUAAAUAAACACAGAUGGAAGAUGGUGGCUGUAUAUCAUAAGUCGAUGAAAAUAAAAAACCUCCAUUUUUAUGAAGAUUAGUAACAUGGAUUAUAAAAAGAUGAUUUAUUCACUACCUGUCUCUACUUUUUAUGUGUAAUCAUUUGUGGCUUUUCUCUUGUACCCUGCAUAGGCAGAGGCCUUCUGGAAUAUAGCCACGUUGGUUUAAUCUUUGUUUAUGGCCUUUUUUUACAAUUACGUGAUUGGUAUUUUAAAAAUGUUUUUCAUAACAUUUUGCUCUAGUUACAUAACCUAAAUGUGCCUACUUUUAGUAGUUUUAUGUGAUUAGGGCAAGAGGGACAUUGCUUAGAUAGUUAAAUUAACCCUUUUCCGGUCAGCUUAUUUUUCUCUUUGCUGUAACAAUGCUAUUGACAAUGUUUCUGUAUCCUAUUCAAAUCAGACAAUGCUGUUUUUGCACAGUUUUACAUUUCCAUAAUUACUUCUUUUUUUUUUUCUGGAACCAUGUUAAAUUAUAUGGGAAAGGGGAUUUUUUUACGUGGCAAGACACUGUUAUAGUAAGAGUGACUGGUAUAAAAGAAAUAUGCACUUCUGGAAGAUUGCAAAGGAAUACAAGAGCACGGGAUACUAUAACUUUGUAAAUUAUUUAACAAAAAAGUUGAGUUCGAAAGGAAAAAUACACGAUUUUCAAAAUGUAAAAAGAAAAAAGCACUUCAUUAAAAGGAAUAUUCUGAUAA